AAUUGGAAUCAUCUCAGACAUCAGUAUUAUUUUGCGAAUCAACACCACAGUCAUCAUCUCCAAAUACCUUCCAUGUACCUUUUAAAGAUACUGCACGACCAAAUUUACCUUUACAUUCUAAUGCAUCAAUUAAGAAUCCAAUAUUAGGUGGCGUUAGAAAGUUGAAAAAACAAAAAACUACAAUUAUUAAUAACUAUUACAAUAUUACUGCCAAUUCU